AUGUUCAGCCAAAGAACGAGCAGUCUCUUGGCAAGACCUGUCGGUCUCGUGCACAGUCAUUUCUUCCUGAAGAAAGCUUUCGCUGCUACUCCAAAGCAAAGCAUGUCUCUGAGCAGUGUUAUUCAACACAUGAAUCAACAACAAACAGUUUCACGAAAAUUUUCUUACAACAACAACAAACAAAACGGAUCUGCACAUCAUCAAGGCGAAGAACAACAACACAACAACAACAAUAGCAAUCAUAAAAAAACUGAUUUUGAAGAAUUGGAUGAAGCUUUACCUGAACCACCAAAGAGAGAAGUUCUGCUUGCAAAGAUUGCUGGUGCAUCGGCCAUGUUCUGGCUCUUGUACAAGAUGAAGGAAGAUGGACUUAUUCUUUUAGGAUUGGAAAAGCCUCACUGGGAACAUCCAAUGGAUGAUGACGAAUCCGACAGAGAUGACGAAUACUUUGACAAUGCUCUCCAAGAAGAUGAUGAAACAAUUGACCUCAAACUUGAAUAUCACUUGAGUACAAAAGAAUCCAACUUUGAUAAGAAAUUUGAUAUGUUCAAGUUCAAAUAA